AAAGUUUAACUUCCGUAUGAUGAAAACUUGCGCAACACGCGCAAAAUACGUGACGUGGAAAUGUGCGGCGCAUUCACAGCAACAGCUACAUUUGAUACUUGAGGAAAUUGACGGCGAUAGUUGGGCAGCCGGCGAACUUCCUCAUUUGAGCCAGGAGACACGCCAUCAUGUCGCUUAAAGACUCGCUGGAAUCCGGACUGGACUUCAUUGAAUUUCUGGGAGACAGAAUAUCCACCACCAGCAAGAAAGAACUUCGGAACAUCUACAACUCUGAAUUUAAGGGCAGAGAAGGAAUAAAAGACCCCACCUUCCACAGUGUCCUACGUGCUCUACUGAGAUGCAACAAAGCCCACAUGAAACAGGGGGAGAUCUACAUAAAUGUCAAACCUCGGGCUCGAGUGUAUUGUGACCAAUGGAGGAGGCCCCGGGCCCCUCAGCCCCCAAGCACUCCAGGCUCUGGCUCUCCGAAGACUGAUGAGACAUCUUCACCCUCCUCUGGCCCCUCAACGCCGAUGAAACCUGUGCUGACCCCGAAGAAGAAGCUGGCUACGGAAAUCAUUCACAAGUUGAAGGUGGACAGGAAAAAGUUGACCGCUGACAAGGGGGGCAUUGAGAUCACCUCAGACCCCGUGGCGAGCGGUGGAAAGGUUCAGUUCACUGUGGAUCGUCUGAGGGAGGUGUUCAUCCUCAAGUUCCACAUUUUAAACACGGGCCCAAACUGCAUACAUUUCACCUUCUACACUGCUCUGCACAAGAUCCGCUGUUUCACUCUGGAGGACGAGAGGAGAGUGAACCGGGCUUGUCCGCUGUUCCUCUGUCCCGGAGAAAGCUAUGAGGUUGUGGUUCGGUACACGCUGAACCACUAUGGAUAUUUCCCUGCCACGAUGUACUUUGAGUUCUGCCCAGAUCUGCCAGAAUCCGUGCCCUUUUGCAUCGUGAGGGAGAUGGAAGCAGUAGCCAGGACCCCUCUGGCUGUGGAGCUGGGGCCUGUGGCUCCUUACAAACCAUUUCAGGUGGUCACAUACAAGCCUGUCAACACUGUGAUAGUGGAGGGAGUACCUCCUCAGGGGUCUGGAGUCCCUCCAAAGACGGCAGUGAAAUUAGGAGAAUAUAAGUACCCUUAUUACCAAAAGGAACUGGCUAAACAAAGGAUGGAGGACUCUAAGUACCUCUCUCCAGCUGCUAGACAGAAACUGGCUUCAGUAAAGGGUCUCCUCAACUCUUCCUUGAAGAUGAAGACGUAUGCUCAGCGAUUUCACCUCCUGCUACACCUGGAAGAGAUCCAGAUGGAGGUGGACGUCCGGAAGUACGACCUCCACGAUCAGACCGUGACUCAAGACCAAAGCAACAAAAAACUGCUCAUACUCAGAGUUCCUGGUGUUGCUGAGAAUCGGCCAUCUGUACUACGGGGAGAUUGUCUCAGGGUGUCCAAAUCAGGAGACACGGUCGAGCCGAUCACUGUGUACACUGGAUAUGUUCACAAAGUGGAGCUCGAUAGUGUGAAGCUGGGCUUCUCAAAGAGGUUGUUGCAGAUUUUUAUCAGCAAUAUGAAGUUUGACGUUGAGUUUACCAUCAACCGGUACUCCUUGAAGCUGCAACAUCGGGCGGUGGACUUGGCGGCAAAGCAUCAGCUUGAAGAGGUGCUGUUUCCGUCUGGUGCAGCAGUGGCUAAUCUCUCCAUGCCUAAACUCAGGAUGUUCAACCAGCUUCUGGAGAACAACCCGGAGCAACACGCUGCGGUCCAGCGCAUUGUGGCCGGAUCAUCAAAGCCCGCCCCUCAUCUCGUGUUUGGACCUCCUGGAACUGGAAAGACGAUCACUCUGGUUGAAGCUAUGCAUCAGGUCAGCAGAGCAGACCCGUCAGCCCGCAUCCUCACCUGUGCACCUUCAAACAGUGCAUGUGACCUCCUCUGUGAGAGACUGAUGGUUCACACGGAUGCUGCUCAGAUUUACCGCGUGUACGCCAGCAGCCGAGACCCAAGAAGCGUCCCCAAGAACCUGCUGAAAAAUUGCAACUGGAACCAGACACAAGAUGCUUUUGUGUUUCCAGUGAAAGAAAUUCUGAUGAAAUACAAGAUCAUAGUUACAACUAUGGUCACAGCCGGCAGGCUGGUGUCUGGAGGAAUGCCAGUCGGCCAUUUUACCCAUAUCUUUUUGGAUGAAGGAGGCCAGGCAGUGGAGCCAGAGUGUGUCAUUGCUAUUGCAGGUCUGCUCAGUGCAGAGAAGGGUCAGCUGGUGCUGGCAGGAGAUCCCAAGCAGCUGGGACCGAUCCUUCGAUCACCUUUUGCACUGCAGUAUGGACUCGGGCUUUCUCUGCUUGAGAGACUGAUGAAACACAACACUUUAUAUCAGAAAAGCACUGACUCUGGGCACUUUGACACCCGCUUUGUCACCAAACUGCUGCGAAACUACAGGUCUCAUGCUGCCAUUCUGGAAAUCCCCAAUGAGCUCUUCUAUGAGAAUGAACUACAGGUGUUUGCUGACCAGUGGGAGCGUGAUACCUACUGCAACUGGGAACACCUUCCCAAAAAGGGUUUCCCCCUGAUCUUCCAUGGGGUGAUGGGAAAAGACGAGAGAGAGGCCAACAGUCCUUCUUUCUUCAACGUGUCUGAGAUUGAAGUUCUGGUCGACUACCUCACCAAGCUGAUGGAAACACAAGGAAAGAAGGGUCUCCCCAAACUCUCCGCAAAAGACAUUGGCAUAAUCGCCCCUUACAGGAAACAAGUCGAGAAAAUCCAAAAGGCCCUGAAGUCCGUCUCAGCUCUGAGGCGAUGGAGUGAUCUCAAAGAGCUCAAGGUGGGGUCCGUGGAGGAGUUUCAGGGACAAGAGAGGAAGAUCAUCAUGGUCUCUACUGUCCGCAGCAGCGUCAACUACGUCAGGAUGGACAAAGACUUCAACAUUGGAUUCCUGUCAAAUGAAAAGAGAUUCAACGUGGCCCUGACCAGAGCCAGGUCCCUGUUGAUAGUUGUGGGAAACCCCGUGAUCCUCAACAAGGACCCCACCUGGGAGAAGUUCAUCAGCUAUUGUGUGAAGGAGAAGGGUUACACUGGAUUUGACUUUGAAGACGCGGAAGGAGAGGAUGAUAUCGUGUCAAGACUUGCAACCCUGAAAAUCAACAUGGAUUCCGACAAUCCUGUUGAAGAGGAGAGCGCCCUCCAGCAGUAUGAGCAUUAACAUCUCCCUCAGACGACUUGCAUAAAAUGAAGAACCAUUUUUAGUGACGUCCAAGAUUUCUACAUUCACGUACAUUAAGAUGCAUAGCAAGCAUCUAUUCUGAGCUUUUAAUAUAACAUUGGCACUUUCUGUCUAAGAAUAUAUCCUUUUAAUCAACUUUUCAAAGAGCAGUUCUCUUACUUUGCUGCAGUCAAUCAAUCGGUGCUCGGCCACAAUCAUGAUUCAGU